UUAUGCUGCAUUCAAUCUGUCAUAUGAAAAGACGCGACACUUUUUAUUCUGCCGGUUUUAUUGGAGUUGCUGAAAAACUUUCAAGAAGUUAAAUAUAUACAAUAAAAUUGUUUGUUUUUCAAUAGUUUUUGGUAAUUAAAAAAGAUCUCGUAAACAAUGUCUUUGAAUAAACCAAAAUCAGAACUAACACCUGAAGAGUUGGCACGUCAAGAAGAGGAAGAAUUUAAUACGGGGCCAUUAUCGGUUUUGACACAAUCAGUGAAGAACAAUACGCAAGUUUUAAUUAACUGCCGCAAUAACAAGAAGUUAUUGGGACGUGUGAAGGCAUUUGAUCGUCACUGUAACAUGGUACUAGAAAGCGUGAAAGAAAUGUGGACCGAAAUACCGAGAACAGGAAAAGGGAAGAAAAAGGUUAAACCAGUGAACAAAGAUCGAUUUAUUUCAAAAAUGUUUCUUAGAGGCGAUUCAGUUAUAUUAGUACUGCGAAAUCCUCUUGCAUCAUCAUCAAACAAAUAAAUAAAUAUUGGAUAUUUGACUUGAAUAAAAGAAAUAUUCAUGAACCA